GCUAUAGGCUCAAGGCCCAGAUAGCAUGGAUCCCAUUUGGGCCCGUGCUUCUCUUAGAGCAAACAGUGGGUAAGAGCCCAGUUUAAUGAGACAAGAAGUGCAUUGCAAUGUUCAAAAGAGUGCGGAAACUCUCAGGAUUCCAGGCAAAGAAUGAAGAUGAGAAAGAAAAAGAAGGAAAAUCAGGGAGGAAGAAAUCCCCCAAAGUGGUGGACAUGCAACCGUUGCCUAGGCAGGAGAGUGGGGGCUCUUCAAGCGUCAUCAAACCUCUCCAUCAUGACUCUGAUGAGCCUGAAAAUAUAUCCAAAGCCACAAGGAGGAAGGAUUCUAGCAAAUGUGCUCUGACCAUCAGUGAUGACCUCACCAGGGAUCGCAGAGAACUUCUGCCGUCUACGACUCUAUCCGUAGCCGAUCCAGGGGAUGGCUUCUGCGGAGACGUUGACAUGGCCCACACUGAGCAUCAAGUUCCGGGAAGAAAUGGCGCUUCAAAUAAUGACACGAUAUUACCUGGAGAACGACACGUGGAGUUUGGGAGCAUAAUUGCUAUACAAGCUCCAAACUCGCGUAGGAAGACGUCGUCGUCAGGCAAGUCGUCGCCAAAGCUCCAUGGUUCGCCAUCUAGGUCGAGGUCUCCAAAAUCUAAAUCAUGCGGACAGCUUCGAGUUGCACAAAGUCUGGAUGAAGGUACGUCAAAAGUCAGUCAUGUCCACAAAGGAAUCAUGAAGUACGACUCUGCUCAUGGAAAACUUGCAAAAAAUGUCCCUGAUCAGCCGUCCAUUGGAGGUGUCCCCGCCUCCGUGGUAAGUCCCACCAGCACGUCCAUUAUCAUCACUCAGCCAUCAUCUUCGUCGCCGUCCCCGACUAAUCCAAACAAAGGCAUUAAAGUAAACCAAACUAAUGAUAACAUAAAUAACCUCUCCGUGUCAGGUAGCAAUUCAAGUCCACAGACAAGCAUGGCAGAAGCCACAAAUACCGCCACAGAAGAGUCUAAGGCUGACCAAAUAACUGACGGUGAGAGUGUCAGACCGAAAGUAGGAUCCCCCAAAAAGCUCUCGUUUAUCGCUCCUCCGGACGUCGUUGAAAGUCUAGGCGCUCAUCGUGUGUCACUUCAAGAUUCAAAUCUGAAAUCCGGUUGGUCACAAUCGCAUCCGUCUCUCCACACGUCGGCUUUACGCUCGCCUUCCUUCUCGCUCUACUCCCCUUAUGCAUCUCGAACAUUCAUCCCGCCAGUCCAUGGCGCCAAAAAGCGAGGAGCAGGAGGGAGCGCCGUCACCAUAAGGAAGCAUCAUUCCCUGUCUUCUGUCCCUCAGGGAUCGUCUACUCCCUUAGCCGUGCACAAGAAGUUCUCCAUGCCAGCCUCUCAUUCAACUUUGAGUGUCGCCACGAAAACGAGUGGUCGAGGGGCGGUGAAAACUAUGCUGGUACGCAAGUGCCACUCGUUCAGCUCGUCGUACCACUCGCCUCUCACGUGCCCUGUGCGCCGGUCCUCCAUGUCACUCUCGCGGAGUGGCAAUCGCAGUCACCCCGUCAGUCCCAAACGCAAGCCCUCGAGCGUCUACUUGGCGGUGUCGUCGUGUGUUUGCUGCAGAAUCCGGAGCCAAGAAGGUUCAGGCUUAACGAUCCGCAUACCACGGCCGCUGAACGACCGAGGAACCUCGCCUCCCAGGGCUGUGUCCUCCUGCUCCCCUCCUGCCGUGCCCCGGUACGCCCAGCUCACCACCUCCAGAUACGCCUACAUGGCGCCCCUCACGAUGCCGGGCUCGGCGGCGCCCGUGCCCAAGUCUAAGUCUCUGAGUACGAGCAUGGACAAGCUGCCCUAUGGCUUCCAUCAUCACAUGUCGCCUUCCUCCAGAGGAUCGACGCCCUCCAGCGGCCGCUCCUCUUCAACAGCUCCUCCUUCUGCUGCUACUUCCAGACCACCUUCCAGGCGAUCGCCGUCAGCAGCGUCGGCGCUCGCAGCCACUCACCCGACGGCGCCAAGUUGUCGAGACAAGUCCCGUUCUCCGUGCGGUAGCGAAGUCUCACUGAAUUCAGGCGUGUCGAGCAGCACUUCAGUCAAGUCUCUGCCAUCAGUUCGGUCCAAUUCAUCAGCUUCAGGAGGCCGAUCGUCUGUCUCCGCCGCUCGUCCCUCCCCAACGAAGGCUUCCCAGCACCAAAGCCCCACCAACAAUGCAGUCGAAACUGUCCAUGGUUCUCUUGCAUGCCGGGGAAAAGUGUCUUGUGGCUCUAAAGUUAGCACCGCUGAAAACACUUCUCAUGGAAGAAACUCCAAUCGAUGCAGUCCGGUCUAUCGGGGUGCCAAUUCCGCCAACAACGGCACCAAGAUAAACGCAUCCAAAACCAACGGAUGUUCGAAGCCUUCGAUUGUAGCAACACAUCGGAAAAAUGCAGUAGUUACUCGCCCUGUUGGUAUUGCUGAUGGCUGUGUUAAGGCAGAACCCAGUGAUUCUGUUGGUUUGUCUGGAGGAGAAGCAGGUUCUAACGAGUUCCAUUCUCCUGCCUCAAUGCCGCACGAACCCUCGAGCUCCCCACCAACGGCUGCGCCCAGCUUACCAGGAACGAACACAACCCCUAAGAGAAGAUCUGCGUCUUGUACAACAGCAGAAGUGUCCUAUUCACCAUCUCCUACAGCAAGGAAGAUGACAACCAUGUGUGAUGCAAACAAAGGACAACAGCAGUCAGCUGGGGUUGCCAAGAAGGGACUGCCCGUCUUCAACUCGUACAUGAGCUUGUUCCAGGUGCAGGAGAAGCUCAAGAAAGGAGAGGUCAUAGAGGGUGUGCUGCGCAUCAACCCCAAGAACUAUGAAGAUGCUUAUAUCAGCGCACCGGGCGGGGGGACGGACAUCUAUAUUGGCGGGGUACGUGACCGUAACGCCGCCCUGCACGGGGAUGUGGUGGCCGUCGAGCUCCUGCCCUCGGACCAGUGGAAGGUGUUAUAUGAUCAAUUAGAUUACUUCUUAGAUACCGACGAGACACUCAAGAGCCUUGUAUAUGCUUCCCAUGAUCCCUUCGCUGUGAUGGAUCAGUUUGUUGCUCCUGGGUGCUCGGCUUCGCCGCCGGCUAAAUCUACCCAGGACGAGACAAAGUCUGCUGACAAUAAUGAGACCAAUGCUGCUGAAGAGACCGCCUCAGAAUCUGCAGUUCAGAAGAAAAAGAAAAAACGGCGGGGCAAGAAAAAAAUGAAACAGGAGAAACCAGGGGAGGAUGAUGACAUGGCUGCAGCGGCUGCUGAUGUUGUGGCCGCACUUCUUAUUGACCCUCCACCUCAGAAUGUUCAGGAUGAGCUAUACUUGCUUUCGGAUGGCACCAAUAAAGAUGUCAAUAAUGCUGCUUCAUCCGCUGUUGUAAAGUCAAAGUCAAACAAGAAGAAAAAAACGACAAUUGUGGUUCCUCCUGACAUGCUAAGUGAGUGUAGUGACGUAACAGAUGAUGAGAGUUGUUGUAGCGAUAACCUUGACUUGGACACGGCCGUAGAAGAUAGAAGUUUCUACAACGCCCAGCGCACGGCUAUCAAUAAAGCCAUCAAAGUUGCCAACUGCGAGCUCGGAGUAGCUGACCGUGACAUCUCUGGUCUAAAGCCUGCCAACAUUGUGGAGGUGCAGGAUGAUGGAAUAAAAGUGAAAACUGAACCAGAGAUACCAGAAUCAAUCAAAUUGGAAGAAGUGCCUGGUAUGAAGGAGGAUGCGUUUAUAAAGUGUGUUCAAGACGAAGAUGGAAGACUUGCUAACGAUAAUAAGAAGAGACAAUCUACUGUCGAGAGACUUUUUGGAGACAAAGUUAAAAGUAAGACUGGGGUAAAAGAACGAUCUCUGAAGGAAGAUGUCCAGGAAGACAACGUGGGUAAUGUAAAAGCACUCAUUUCCGAAAUGUCCAUUUCUGAGAUCGUUGAUGCUGGAAAAACUGAAGAAUCUGAAAGUGGAGCAAAGACUUCGGCAUUAGACGGAACCGAGACCUCUGACAUGGACUCCCGCGACAGCAAUAAACCGUGCGGCUUUGCGGACUCCGGCCAUGGCUUUGGUCUAGUCAGUGCGCCUCCUCGCUUCAUGAUCAGCCCAUAUAACCAGCAGAUGAAUUUCAACCAUAACCUGUCGCGAGCAGAGAACAACUGGAUGCAUCAUCCCAUGCUGAAUAACUUCUCCAAUUCACCUGCUUCGAGCCAGGUGAUUAUGGGAUCUCAGCCCCGUCAUCGUGGUCAGAUUCGGCCACAAAAUCAACAGUUCAAGCCCAGGCAGCCAAUUCAUGAGCAGCAGCAGCCGCUGCCUCAACCUAUUGAGAAGCGAACUGUUCCCUCGGUAGCGCAAGUUAUGAGGCUUGCCAACUGGAGUCGUUUCGUCCAGAAGAUUGGUUACGUGGUACACAUUUUAGAGCAGCGCAACACGCGUCUUGGUGCUGGGACGCUCAAACCUUUCCAGGACCUCAACCCAAACUUUGCCCUCUUCUCUCCCAAUGACAGCAGGAUCCCUCGCAUGAAGAUCCCCAUGUCACAGUGCCCUCAAGAUCUCAUCGCCAGAAGAAAUGAUUAUGCCAAGCGCAUCCAUCUGGCCAAAAUAACGUUAUGGACCGAUCCUAAGUUUGCUAUGGGGGAGCUCAUCAGCGACAUUGGGAGGCAAGGGGACAUCUCCGCUGAGUCGGACGCUUUCCUUCUGCAAAUCGGAAUUGACACGAGCGACUUUCCCGCGGAGGUGGUGGCUCAACUGCCUGGCAAAGAAUGGACCAUUCCUCCUGAGGCGCUGCAAGGACGAAGGGAUCUGCGUGACGAGUGCAUCUUGACGAUUGACCCGCCCACUGCACGGGAUCUGGACGACGCGCUGUCGUGCGAGCCGCUGCCUAACGGCCACUUCAGGGUGGGCGUGCACAUCGCCGACGUGUCCUACUUCGUGCCGCUUGACUCGGAGCUUGACAAGAUAGCCGCGUCUCGCGCUACCAGCGUCUACCUCAUUGAUAAGGUCAUCUCAAUGUUACCCAGAAAGUUAUGUGAGGACCUUUGCUCUCUGAAUCCUGACGAGGACCGCCUCACGUUCUCCGUUGUGUGGGAAAUGGAUCCACAAGGUCAAAUAGUGUCUUGUUGGUUUGGCCGCAGCAUCAUCCGCUCGUGCGCCAAGCUGUCCUACGAACACGCGCAGAAAGUCAUAGACUAUCCUGAGAAGACGACCUGGAGCCACGAUGAGCUCCCCGUCAAUGCUCGUUUCUCGUCUGCCAAAGUGAGCGCCAUCAUCAACACCCUGUACAAACUGUCUGUGGAGAUGCGAGCUCGUCGUCAUCAUCACGGCGCGCUCCGACUUGACCAAAGAAAGCUCGGCUUCAGUCUCGACCCUAUAACAAAGAAGCCUAACGCAGUCCACAACGUUGAGCACUUGGCGAGUAACGCUAUGAUUGAGGAAUUCAUGCUGCUAGCCAACAUCAGCGUUGCUCACAAAAUAUACGAGUCGUUCCCAAAACAUGCUGUUCUUCGCUGUCACCCGGCGCCGCAACAGGGUCAGCUGGACGACAUAGUCAACAUGCUCAGAACCCUGAACAUCGAAAUCGACUCGUCUUCAGCUGGCGCCAUUUAUGCUAGCGUUCUGGAGCUCUCCGGCGAGGAUAGCUACAGUUUAGCGCGACUUGAGGUCAUCGUAAAUUUGCUGAGUAAGCCAAUGCAGAACGCUCUUUAUUUCUGUUCCGGAACUUACGAAGAAGAUUUUUGCCACUACGCGCUCAACGUUCCGUUUUACACUCACUUCACGUCACCUAUCCGACGCUACCCUGACAUCAUGGUUCAUAGGCUGCUGGCAGCCGCGGUGGACCUGGAACGUUACCCAUUCCCCAACUUGGAACUGAAAGAAAUAGACCGUCGAUUGGCUACAGCCAACGAGAAGAAGAUAUCAGCCAAACGUGCGUCUGAUUACAGCGCCGAGCUCUUCUUAGCAGAGUUUGUGCGCCAAGUCAAGGAGAUCACAACCAAUGGGAUGGUUAUUGGUGUGCUUGAUCGCUCCCUCGACAUCCUCUUGCUCGAUUACUGUACUAUAAAGCGUGCAUAUCUUGAACGCCUACCUCUGGAUGAGCUCAAUUACGACAACAAGAACAAGCUAGAGCCUCCCACCGUGCACAUCAUAUGGAGCGCCGAUCACGCCAAUCAAGUGCCCGCACAAGCUCAGUCACUCACGUACUUUUCGUGCGUCAAGGUGCUGCUCACGCCAUUCACCAACGAUCAGCUCAAGUUUAACGUCACUUUAAUCAGACCAGAUUCUUAACCUUUGUCCUAAUUCUUUCUCUCAAAAUUUUGAAUUAUCGGCCGAGAUGUGAAUCCCUGAGCUUUGUGAUAGUUGCAGCUUAAAUUUAAAUGUAGGGUUUCUCAUCGUAACAGCGAUAUUCCUCAACGAAAAUUUCUAUUUGCGUGUGGUUCUUGCUGUUCUCCUUGUUCUUGUUUGCGCCGUUGGGCUCCUCGAGGGAUGAGGUUCAUCAGUAAUAACUCUGUCAUCGUCAGCAGGCUUUGAUCUCGUGUUACCUUAAGAUUAUAUACCUGGAUUUCAUUGCGUUAUAAUUUAAUUUUUUGGUGAUUGUCACCUCAGAUACGUUACGCAAGCAGCGCUGCACGUUGUAUUUUAUGAUAAUAUACUUGUGAAUAUUAAAUGCAUUUUACCGUGACUUUGUGCAGUCUGUUGUUAAUGACAAAUGCAGUUGUAUUUGUUAAUUAUGCUAUUUCUUAUCAUUCUGACGCGUUUCUUACAUAUAUAGCCAUGCUUCUGUGGUUUUAAGCUUUAAAAUAUAAUGACCACAUUUUAUUCAUGUAUUGUGAUCAAUUUUUAA